CUCGGGAGUCUCGCGCAGGGCGGGCGGCGCUCGAGCGCGAACGAGCUGAAGACAGAAGGGCUACGGUACGCACAGCACAGCACAGCGCUCACGAGGAGUGCGACCUGUUCCAGAAGCCCCCCUGACCACCAGCACCAUGAACCACCUGCCCCAGCCUGUGCCUGACGAGAGUUUUGUGGCAAACCUGCCCAAUGGCUGUGCGGUCGACCUGCAGCCCCCCAACAGCACCUCCAUCUCCCCCGCACCCCAUGACCAUGGCCAGGUGGACUCACACCCUGGCCCUUCUUCAUCUGCUUCCUCCAUCCUCAGUUCCUUUCCCGGUGUGGUCAAGACUGCCCAGACCGUUCAGAAUGCACGCGAGACCGAGCCGCAGCCGUCGCCACCCGAACCAUCCAAGCAAACCUCCGCAAAGGCCAUCCCGCCUGUGGCCACCCUGGUGCCGCUGGUGCCACGCAAGACCAAGAUCCUCCUUGUGAUCGAUGAGCUGCAUACAGACUGGACUAAGUACUUCCGUGGCAGGAAACUGAACGGUGAAUACGAAAUCAGAGUGGAGCAGGCCGAGUUUUCAGAGAUCAGCCUCACAUCCUGUGUCAGUGGGGGAUGUGUGAUUGACAGGCAGCUAAUGAGAGGCGGGAACAAAGUAGUCAGGUCUUUUAAACCAGACUAUGUUUUGGUUCGCCAGCAUGCUUACAGUAUGAGCCCAGUGGAGGACUUCCGCAAUCUCGUGAUUGGCCUUCAGUAUGGAGGUGUCCAAAGUGUCAAUUCGCUCCUUUCCAUCUAUAACUUCUGUAGCAAACCAUGGGUGUUCUCUCACAUGAUCAAACUCUUUCAUUCACUGGGCCCUGAGAAAUUUCCUCUGAAUGAACAAACCUUCUAUCCCAACCAUAAGCAGAUGGUCACCUCACCAGCAUUUCCAGUGGUUGUGAAGAUGGGACAUGCCCACUCAGGCAUGGGAAAGGUCAAAGUUGGAACUGAUGCCGAAUUCCAGGACAUGAGUGCUGUGGUCGCUCUGGCAGGAACCUACGCCACUUCAGAGCCUUUCGUUGACUCCAGGUUUGACAUCAGGAUCCAGAAGAUUGGCAAUAAUUACAAGGCCUACAUGAGGAAAUCCAUUUCAGGCAACUGGAAAGCCAACAUGGGUUCUGCGAUGCUGGAGCAGAUUGCCAUGACGGAGAGGUACCACCUGUGGGUAGACGCCUGCUCCCAGAUGUUCGGGGGAUUGGACAUCUGCGCAGUCAAGGCAGUGCGUGGAAAAGACGGCAAGGAUUACAUCAUUGAGGUGAUGGACAGCUCCAUGCCCCUGAUAGGGGAGCACGUGGAAGAAGACAGGCAGCUCAUCAGUGAGCUUGUGGUGAACAAGAUGACUGCUGCUCUCCUGGGCUCCUCACCACCUGACACACCCCUUGCAAAGGUGCAGGCAGACCCCCAGCUGAGCCCACCCAGAAAGGCCCAUGGUGGCCCCCGAUCAGUGUCCACAUUGUGCUGCCAGUGGGCCAAGGGCUUCCCCCUGCGCGCCCGUUCGGCCUCUACCUCUCCCAGCCAAGGCUUCCAGCCCGGACCUCUUCCGGCACCAUCGGGCCCGAGAAGAGGCACCCAAAGACAGGCGCCUCAGCUAAACAAGUCCCAGUCGCUCAGCAGCAGCCUGAGCGUCAGCGAAAGCCCAUGGGGUAGCGCCAGCGAAGAUGAGGCCAAAGCCGAGAGUAUCCGCAGCCUCAGACAGUCCUUCGCAGAGCUCUUCUCUGAUUAGUUCCAUGGCAGCCUGUGGGGGCUCCUCAGCCAAGAGGAAACAGCUGCUUCUGCAUGUCCUCAGCUUCAGCACCACUGCAGGGGACAGCGCCUGUUGCAUCAAAAAGACACUGGAUGCUUCGUGGGCUCAUCAAGGCCUCGGGGCCAUGAACCUUCUGAACCAUUUUAGUGAGGAACGACGCUUGGGCAGUAUUGAUCAAACCCGAUACAACGUAAAAUUUGUAUGCAUUAAUAUUAACUCAUUGAUUGGUAAGUGAUCAGAAAUGCCAGGACUAAGAGUCAGGUGGAACAUGCCCCCUUUCUUCUUAGAAGAGGUAUGCAUACGUUUUAAUGAAAUUUGCAUUCUUCUCGUGGGAAUAAACUAAACACAUCACAGGCAAAAGAACUGGUAAAUUUCUGCAUUCAUCAGUUUAUAAAGGUGGAAUAUUGGUACAUUUGGCUUUGGGCAGUCUUCCGUCACAUUUCAGCGGUCCCUUUACGAUUACAUAUUCACAGUUAUGAUAAUGUAUGCACUAUAUGCUGAAUUUAAGUUUUAAUAUACACCGUUUAUGCAGCUGACAGCUUGGGAGAAGUCUGUCUCUGAGCCAUACCUGAUCACCAGAUGCUUCAUAAUGAGAAGAAAAGUUGUGCUGUGCUUCACAAUUUCACAGCUGGUGACACCCUGCGAGGCCUUAAUUUGGGAUGUGCCUGUGUUCCUUUCAUCAUUGUGGAACUCUGCUUCCUAGCAGGAUGUGAACACUUCCUGUCCUUUCUGAAUGUGGUAGCAGUGAACGUGAAUAUCAUAAAGUCACGUUGAGUAGCAACUAAAGCCAUCAGGCUGUGCUCCAAGGACUUGGCUUUGAACCCCAGCUCCUGCUGUUGUUCCCUUCAGUGCUCAGUGCUCAUACCUUCAGCUGCUACAGUGCAUAUUUCCCACUUGGAUGAAUGAGUAAGCAAUUAUAAGUGGCCUGUAAUCAAAAUUGAAAACUGUAUGUCGCUUUGCAAACAGUUUAUAGAAUUAAUGCCGAUGAUAUCAUUACCUUUGAGAUACAAGAAACCGGAGGCUAUUUAAAAUGACUGGAAAUAAAAAAUGCAUUGUCUCUAUGAAACUCCUAUUCAAUACCAGUUGCUGACCAGUUUGUCUUGCCAACACGAGCGCUGGUUCUCACGUUAUUACCGAGAAAUGCCUAAGUGCCAGGCAUGAGUUGUAAACACCAUGAAGGCAAGUUUAAAUAAGGUGGCCCUACAGCCCUGUUUCGUUUGGUCACAUUUGAUGAACAUCUGUGAGCUGCGUGUCACCCCACACGUCACACACGUCGCUCCACAGCAAAGAGUAUUUUAGAAGAAAACAGUGUUCAAAAUAAACUCAAUCAAAAAUACAUAACAUGGCUCAGAGUUUCCCUGCUAUUGUCGCGUGUCUCUGCAAUGUCUACAUUUGAUUGAGUUUGACCAAAAUUACACACAUUAUUAGGUGUUUUUUUGUUCUACUGACGUAAGUCUGGCUUCUGUUUGUGUGUCGUGUGUUUUCAAUGUGUUGCCCAAACUUUG